AUGAUGUCUUUCAUCAGUUUAGUCUGUUUUAUACUCUUACCUUCGAUAAAUCCUCAACUUCAAAUCAAUCUUCAUUUAACCGAUUGGACAAAUUAUGAUGAAAUAAAUGUUGAUUUGCAACAUGAUUGUCUUCAUGUUCCUACUCAUUUGAUUGAAGAUAAUAUUCAAUAUCAUCAAGUCAUUUCAUAUUGUAUGGGUGAAAGGCCUUCAAAAUGGAACAUAGAAGAAAACAGUUUUGAUCAAAAUUACAGUUUUUCUCAACUUAAAAUGCUUAAUAUUACUAGUCAACAAUUAUAUCUUUGGUCAGCUCCUGUGGAUAUUGUUGAAGAAUAUGAAUCCUAUUUGAAUCAAAGUUUAUUUUCAAAUCAAUCAUUAGCAUUAAUGGCAACACAAUUAUUCUAUAAUUGUACACAAUCAAGAUUUGGAUCUGUAUGUCAAUAUUCAUUAGAUAUUUCGACUUCUUCUGUUGCUUCAUCACUGAAAGAAAUCAUUCAUGAUUUUUAUUUGCAAGAAUAUGAACCAACGACUUGGACAUGUUAUACUCAUUUAGAAUGUAAUCGUGGUACAAGUACAGCUUGUCUUGAUUGGACUGAGAUUUGUAAUGAAAAUGAAUAUCGAUGUAACAAUGGACAAUGUAUAUCGAAGAUAUUUUAUCAUGAAGGUCCAAACUCUUUCGAUUGUAUUGAUACAACUGAUGAAGGCGACCAAGGGCGCGAAGAUAUUCGUUAUCGUUCACAAGAACCAAUAUUUAGAUUCGAAGAUAUUACACGCGAAAAAGAUCUGCGAGGGGAGACGGAGAUGUAUUUUACUACUUCACGUGUACUUAGUCGAAAUGAUCUUAUUUUAGAAGACAUGUUUUUGAACAAACCAAAUUCAACAUCUGAUGAAUGUUGGCUUGCAUAUAGAUGCCAAUUUAGCAUUCCUCGUUAUGAUGGUCCAUUAUGUGGCAAUAUGUGCAGUAAGAAUGGAAUAUGUCAAGAAAUUAUCAAUAAAACGUGUCCUGAUAUAUUGUUUAUUCCAAAUGCUCCAUUAUUAUUUGGACAUAUUCAUUUCGCUUACACAAAAGAAGAUGCAGUACAGGCACCUGGUAUAAUUUUUCCACCACCGUACGUAUGUUAUAAUGAUCAAUUAUGCGAUGGAUUUUACACAAAUAGAACAUUAUUAACGUUUAAGAAUCUAACAUGUCGUCGUCCUGGUGAUUUUCCAUUCAAAUUUCCUCCUCUUGGAAGAAACGAUUGGUUAAAGGCAUAUGUUAAACCACUUUACAAAGAACUCUAUAAAUGCAAUACAAUUAUUCAUAAUAUUUCUGCAGUUUGUGACAAUUCAAUGAUGUAUCGAUGUAUUAACUCGUCUAAAUGUAUUUCAAAAGAUCGUAUUGAUGAUGAUUUCAUAGAUUGCGAUUAUGGAGAUGAUGAAGAUCCAAGUGUAGUCUACGAUAUUUGUUUAAAAAAUGAAUCUAAAACGUUUUUCAAAUGUACAACAACAACUCGAUGUAUUCAUUAUCAAAAAGUAGACGAUGGUAAAUGUCAUUGCGGACGUAAUGAAUAUGGUUUGUGUGAUGACGAAGAUAGAACAUUUCGAUAUAUAACAUCACAUUUAUCAUUUCAAACUAUUUGUGAUGGUUUUACCGAACUUAUUCCUGUUAAUAUUAAUGGACAGAAUGAAACGGAUGAAACUGAAUGUGAACUAUGGCAAUGUAAUAAUAUGUAUACUCGAUGCGAUGGCAUUUGGAAUUGUUUUAAUGGAGCUGAUGAAGUUCAUUGUAAUACAUCCGUAUCAUUCAGUUGCCCAUCCAAUCAUCAUAUAUGUGUUUCGCCUAGUACGAACCAACUUACAUGUUUAUCUCUUGCAAAGGCGAACAAUGGUAUUAUCGAUUGUUUGGGUGCCACCGAUGAGCCAAAAUUAUGUCGAUCAACCGAUUAUGUUCACAGCAAAGAAACUUUUUACUGUUUCAAUGAUAGCUCUUCACCUUGCAGAGUAUCUUCAGAUCUUUGUGACGGAAACAAAAACUGCAUCAAUGGAGAUGACGAACGGCUUUGUUCUUCGACACGAAAUUUUUCCGCUUAUACUAGUAUUUGUCAACCUAAGUAUUACGCAUUCCGUUCUGAUGUCGAAAAAUUUCUUUGUGAACGCUUUACCAUUUGGAAUAAAACAUUAGCUGUACAUUUUUCAUUGGAUACGAUCAAAUUCGACAAAGUCAAAAACAUAAUACACUCAAUUCCGCCUGCCAUGAAAUCUAUUAUUCAUCAUCACCAAUACCGUUGUCAUCGUGGUCUUCCUUUGCGUAUCUGGCAAAAUCGAGAGAAGAACUUGACUGAUAUCACCUGUCUUUGUCCACCAAGCUUUUAUGGUAACAUUUGUCAAUAUCAAAACCAACGAGUUAGUCUAACUAUGAGAUUUCAAGCAUAUUCGGAUUCUCGACGGACAUUAUUGGCUCUUGUAAUUACACUUAUCGAUAAUAGUGACGAACGAAUUAUUCAUUCACAUGAACAACUCACUUAUUUGUACGUUGAAGAUUGCCAAAAGAAAUUUAACGUUUAUCUACUUUAUUCUACUCGACCAAAAAAUGAUACGCAAAAUUAUUCGAUACAUAUUGACAUUUAUGACAAGAUUUUAUUAACUUAUCGAGGAAGUUUAUUAAUACCAAUUAAAUUUCCUUUUUUACCUGUACAUCGUAUUGCUGUUCAUCUUAAUAUUCCACGUAUAAAUGCCGAUAUUCAAAGUUGUACAAAUCAAACAUGUAUACAUGGCCAAUGUACGAUAUAUUCAGAAGAUUCAAAAGGCACUCCAUUUUGUCAUUGUAAUGAACGAUGGUCUGGAAAACACUGUACUAUACCAUAUACUUGUAAAUGCUCAUCUGAUUCAUUAUGUGCUGGUAUAUUAGCUAACAAUCGAUCUAUUUGUAUUUGUCCUAUAAACAAAUUUGGUCCUCGAUGUUUAUUUAAUCAUACAGUUUGUCAGUCUAAUCAAAAUAAUACAUGUAAUAAUGGUGGCGUAUGUAUACCUAUAGAUGAAUAUAUGCAAGUAGAUGAUAAGAAAUUCUUUUGCAUAUGUGCGAAAGGUUUUACUGGCGGACGAUGUGAAAUACCUGAUAACAAAAUGAUACUAUCAUUCCAUAAACAUAUUCAAUUAUCACAAACAUUGAUAAUUCAUUUUAUUAAAAUCAUUAGCAAUAGUUCUCCUAAGAACAGCAGUACUCUCAUUAGGAUUCCUAUUCAUCGAAAGACAGCUAUUAUUAACUGGACAAAUGAAUUUCAUAUUGCUUUUGUUCAACUUUUCGAUAAAGAUUUUUAUCUAAUUACUGUUCAAAAAAGAAACAAUCUAUCAUCGAUAUUUGAAAAAACAAUCAAUCCAUCGGAUCGCUGUAAACAUAUAAGUGAAGUAUUGAAUGAAACGAUCGUUCGAUUACAACCUAUUCGUCGUAUUAAAUAUUAUCAUGUGCCAUGCCAUCAAUCAUCACCAUCUUUACCUUGUUUUUUUGAUGAUAAUCAUUUUUGUUUAUGCACUGAUUUUAAUCAUCAACGGAUCGCCAAUU